UCCAGUCCACAGCAGACACACAAUGGAUAGACGGACAGGAUUGAUACAUUAUUACCACUGCUUGGUCGGCGUUUUGAUACUGUAGCUCGUAGGCAAUUGAUAACAUGGUUUUUAGUGACUGUAAAAUCAUCUUGCAAUUGCUGUGUGUCUUCAGUGGCCAAUGUUGUAAUCGUCGUUAGUUAGCUUUGCUAACAGCAGUGAUAUUGUUUAGCCGAAAUCUCUAGCUGGCUAGCCUACCCCCACGUUAGCGAGCAGUAACACCUGCGGGAAAACUGUUUUUAUACUCCGAGAUAGCCGCCUUUCAAAGAAUAUGGAAACCACUUUUGAUGUAAACCAUCUUUUCCCUGAAACGAUUACAGUUUUGGACCAAAACCUAAUUGCAGGUGGAAAAUCGCUGGGAAGGUCAGAUCCUCAACCCCAAAUUGCAGCAGUCAUUGAUGAACUUGGAAGAGCCUCAGCCAAGGCCCAAUAUUUGACAGCCCCAAUCACAAGUGCGUCCAAGCUGCAGACCAACAAACACCAUCUCUACCUGCUUAAGGACGGAGAAAGCAAUGGAGGAAGGGGACUUGCGGUGGGGUUUCUGAAGGUUGGCUAUAAGAAGUUAUUUCUGCUUGACCAGCAGGGGGCGCAUGUCGAGACAGAGCCUCUGUGUGUCUUGGAUUUCUUUGUGAAAGAGAACCUUCAGAGGCACGGCUACGGACUGGAGCUGUUUAGCUUCAUGCUGCAGCACAAAAAGGUGGAGCCAGUGAUGAUGGCUUACGACAGGCCCUCCCCUAAGUUCCUCUCUUUCCUGGAGAAGCAUUACUGUCUGAAAAACAGUGUACCUCAGGUCAAUAACUUUGUGGUGUUUGACGGUUUCUUCGCCAAAAAAUCAGGGGUGAUGGUCGGAUUCGCGGUUAUCGUCGAAGGAAUGAGCGUUACACCGAGGCCUGUACUCUGGAGUGGGAUCAAUUUGGAGGUGGAGGGUCCGUCAUGGUCUGGGGGCGGUGUGUCACAGCAUCAUCGGACGGAGCUAGUUGUCAUUACACGUCUGGGACCUGUUGGAUCGGAGGCGGCCCAGUUGAGAAAGGUUCCCCCCAAAAAGCCGGACGGAGAGAUCAAGCCCUACUCACUAACGGAGAGAGAAGCUGUGCGAGAGGAGCAGAGGGCUCUUCCCUGGCCUUUGUGUCGCCACGUGGCUCCUCCCCUCUCUCCCCCAUUGUCGGUAUCCUCCCCGUGCUCCCCAAGCAGGGGCCGCCAGCGUCCCGAUCCGGCCCUGGCCCCGGCACCUGCCCCUGGGACCAACAGGGGUCCGAACCACCACCCUCCACUCAUCAACAGCCUCAACUGCAGGGCAAAGCGUACCAGCCAACAGGGCCUGGUUGCCAGGGGCAACCUCUACAGCCGCCACGUCAACAACCGGGGCUUUGGGCAGUUGUUGGAGACACAGCCGAACGUCUUCAAACUGCCAGGUUUGAGACCAGUGUUGAGAGACAGAGAGACUGACAUAGCAGGACAGAGAGAGCCACCGGGACACCGAGACAGGAAGGAGCCGCCCCCAUCCAGGAAGGAGCCGCCCCCAUCCAGGAAGGAGCCGCCCCCAUCCAGGAAGGAGCCGCCCCCAUCCAGGAAGGAGCCGCUCCGUGCCCAGACCAUCAUGAUGACCACCAGAGAACCAGACAGACAGGCCGAGACAGAGACCAGGGUGCUGGAGAAGGGGCUCCGGAAGGGGUUAGCAGGAGAGCCCUUUCCAGGAAGGGGUAGGGGAGAAGGAGGAGGGCCCCUGGUGGUGGUUGAGAAGGGACCAUCAAAGCCUGAGAGGGACAUGGGGACAGGAGGGUGGUCGUGGAUGCUGGGAGAGAGCUGCUGUAACACAGCCCAGUGGGCCAGGCAGGACUAUAGAAACACCAGACCCUGGUGACGCACAUGGACAGACGGACAAACAGACUGGUGAUUAGGGAUCAAGAGUGGGGAGAAAAGAGAUGAGAAGAAAGACACAUAUGGAUACAGAUGAAGAGAAGAGAUACAAGAGAAGAAAUCCAAUCCUCCUCCACUUCUCUUCAUCCCUCUUUCCUGAUCACUAAAUAGUGGUACUAUGUUUAUAACAAGACACAAUGAGUGAGGGGUUUGGUCGGUACGCAGCAAUAGUCAGCCAGAUGUCUCUUAUCACUGAGUUUUGUAUCUGUCCCAAAUGGCACCCUUUUUAGUGCACUACUUUCUACCAGAGCCAAGGUCGUAGGGUGCCAUUUGGGAUGCACAUAGACCGUGCGAGAGUGUAACAUGAUGGGUUACAGCACAAUGAUCAGAAUGUGUUUUCCACACCUCCUAAAUCUGCAAAGGCAAUGGGAGCCAUGCUUGAAAUUCCAUUAGACUUGAGUUUACCAGACAUAUUUAAUUCAUUUUGUUGUAACUAUUUCAUUCAAAUGUGUUUGUUUUUUUUAUCUGAAGAGAAAGUAUUAUUCUAUGAAUGUCAAUGUUUUUUUUUCUAUAAAUAAAUUGGCUACACAGAC